CCUCCUUCGUGCUCUCUUCCUGUGCCUGCCCCCUUGUAUGCGCAGAAACACGAAACACCUGAGAACCGUCUGUCCCACAAUACCACUGGUAGUCAUGAGAGAAACCGGUACGGUGCCACCCAAUUCCGGCGGGAACAACAGCGAUGGUCGGCAAGGGCAAGGAACUUGCUCGCGGCCAACUCUGUUUGGAAUGCGGAGGAGCUGCUCAGAGUGCGGACGGAAAAAGAAGAGGUGUGAUGGUCAACAGCCUUGCGGGACGGUGGACAGAGACAAGAUCAUAGAAGGGUGGAUGUGUGGUCGGGGUGCGGCCAGUGGCGCAGUUUAGGCUUGUAUACCUCGAAAAGAUCAGUCGUCAAGCCGCCUGAACUACUCUAUUUUCAGUAUAUUCAAAUGAUCAGUGAAAAUGAUCAGUGAGAGGGCUUGUAGACCCAUAGCUGGUUCUUGUACUUCUGUACUUCUCUGUCCCCUCCCCAAUGUGAGCCCUGCCGGCUCACUACAGCUCCUGUGAUUUUCCCACAGUUCCCACAAUCACGCAAGCACACACCAGCACACACCUACCUUUGCAUCAGUGGCACUCUAGGUUCGGGCGAGGGGCUUGAAAUGCCCCUUUUCGCUGUCCUCCUGUCUUUGCUUUAGUGGCUUCCUAGAUCCGGGCGAGGGCAUGUGUGUGGAGCUAUUGAUGUGUGAAUCUGUGAAAGGAUAUGGGGAGAGAUUCAUGGUGGUAUUCGCAUGUGGAGCAGUCUGCAUUUUUCUAAUUUCGGCCGUUCCAGGAACCUUGAUAUUUCCCACUGGCACUAACGUCUUUUCAUUGGCCACCGGGUAGCGCGGUCGAUGCGAAUAAAAAAGACACACCUACCCAUUGACUUGCCAACACCUGGCGUGGAGGGAUACAGGGCGGCAACUCCAUGGCAUGCCACAACACCAGCAUUUACAAAUGAUCAAUCAAUGAUCUGUCAGGACGCCUGUAGACCCAAAUGCAGAUUAUGAGAUUUAAGCGGCUUCAUGUGAUUAGCUGUGGGUCAACAGUCCUCCCACGAACUUCCCCUGUCCGCAGGUGCUGUUGUUUUUUCGUGGUGCGCUACGUGACAGCUAGCUGUGCACCUUGCUUGAUGACAAGGGGCUAUCACUGCUGCUGCUGUUGAGUGUGCGUGCGUGCGUGCGCGUGUCUGUGUCUGCUUCGCUCCCUCAACCCCAGCACACGAAAUCGCACCACACCAGUACGGAGACAGGAAGUGAUCACUGUACACUGGCCGACGACAGCCUCUGAACCAACUGCUAUGGGCCGUUUAAACACUCCA